UCCCGCCAUCCCGGGCCUUCUCGCGCCUAGGAGCCACUUCUGGGCUCGCGUGUGGUUCUCCGCGAGGCUGCCCCGGAAGGCCGGCCGGGAGGCGGGGGCGGGGCUCGCGGCGGGGACGCCCGGUGCGCCGCGGCCCGGCCUGACGAGCGGGGGCCGGGCGGGCGCGGACCGGAAGUGGCGCCGGCGGCGGAGCCGUUACCGCAGCGUGCCGGAAGUGGCCGUGGGCCGGCGUCCGGGCCGCGCCCGCAGUGAGCAGAGUCUCCGCGGCCGGCGACGCCAUGGAGCCCGGGGCGGCCGAGCUGUACGACCAGGCCCUGCUGGGCAUCCUGCAGCACGUGGGCAACGUCCAGGACUUCCUGCGCGUGCUCUUCGGCUUCCUCUACCGCAAGACCGACUUCUACCGGCUGCUGCGCCACCCGUCCGACCGCAUGGGCUUCCCGCCCGGCGCGGCGCAGGCCCUGGUGCUGCAGGUGUUCACAGCCUUCGAGCACAUGGCCCGGCAAGACGACGAGAAGAGGAGGAAGGAGCUGGAGGAGAAGGCCAGGAGGAAGGAGGCCGAGGAGGCCGUGGCGGCGGCUGCUGAGCAGGAGCCAGUCCCGGCCCCGGGACAGGAGGUGGAGGUCGGCCCCGGGGCAGACUCAGGCGGGCCUCCGGGUCCACUGGGCCCACGGGGUGCGGGGCUGGAGGUGGCCUCCGGCUCGGAGGAGGCGGAGCCCCCAGGAGCUCAGGCGGGCGCCGCGGGACUUCCGGAGGAUGCCCUGGAGGAUACCCCGGCUCUUCCCAGGCUGCUGCGGCGGUCCGUGCGCCCGGGGUCGGUCUGUGAGCCCGGGGCCUUGCGGCUGGGGCUUGGCUGCUGCUGGCUUGCCUUGGAUCCGGCCCUGUGGGGCUCCUGCCUCCCAGUGCCACGCCGAGUCGUUCGCGGGCCCACGUGGGCGUGA